AGCCCUAUCACUUACCAUGCAGCCAUACUAAGAUAGCUGUACUAGAUGCAUAUGCCCGCCAGAAGCUCACUACUCUUUCCAUCGUAUACCACACAUGUGCAAUCUUCCAUAUACUUAUCCCGUUCGGGAAAAACGCAUCCUUUGGCCCGGUUGGCACAAAAUUACAGUCAAUAUUAGACGUCUCCUCGUACACCACGAGCAUUCUAAUUCAUCGAUUAGCUUAUCUCUAUUAGCUAGACUAUGUACUCAUUUCGCUGUUCCACCCACUCACAAAUCCGUCCCCCAUGGAAAAAUAUCCCCUCAUUCAAGAGCCAUGUGUGCCUUGUUUAUUGAGGCCCUUAUCCCCUCUUUGUUUCGUGCUAUGUAGCUCUAAUGCACCAAUAUCCAUCCUACGCUCAUGUACCCCUACGCCUCGGUCAUCUAAAGGCGGCUACGCCCACUAUGCCUUACCUGAUUCCAUG